GGGCGGGGCCCGGCCGGCCGGGGCGGGGCGCGCGGCUGCGCUGGGUGGCGAUGGCGGCGGACGGGGACUGGCAGGAUUUCUAUGAGUUCCAGGAGCCGGCCCAGAGCCUCCAGGACCAGGACAACUGUAACGCGAGCCCCGAGGCCGAGGCCGGGGCGGGCGGGGGCGGCGACGGCUUCCGGGCGCUGGCCUGCAGCUUGGAGGAGAAGCUCAGCCUGUGUUUCCGCCCCUCGGGUCCGAGCGCCGAGCUCCCGCGGGCUGCCGUGCGGCCCAUCACGGAGCGCAGCCUCCUGCAGGGGGACGAGAUUUGGAAUGCCCUGACAGAUAAUUAUGGAAAUGUGAUGCCUGUGGACUGGAAGUCAUCGCAUACCAGGACCUUGCAUUUGCUUACUCUGAACCUCUCAGAAAAAGGGGUAAAUGACAGUUUGUUCUUUGAUACGUCAGAUGACGAGGAGCUGCGAGAACAGCUGGAUAUGCAUUCCAUAAUCGUCUCCUGCGUUCACGAGGAGCCCCUCCUCACCGCAGACCAGGUUAUUGAAGAAAUUGAAGAGAUGAUGCAGGAGUCACCAGACCCGGAAGAGGAUGAAACCCUCACACAGUCAGAUCGGCUUUCAAUGCUUUCCCAGGAAAUUCAGACUCUGAAGAGGUCAAGUACGAACAGCUGCGAAGAGAGAGUCAAAACCCUCACCGUGUCUGAAUUAAAUGAACUCUUGGAAGAAAUCGAGGCUGCUAUAAAGGAGUAUUCUGAGGAGCUGGUGCAGCAGCUGGCCCUGAGGGAUGAACUGGAGUUUGAAAAGGAAGUGAAAAACAGCUUUAUAUCUGUUCUUAUUGAAGUACAAAACAAACAGAAAGAACACAAAGAAACAGCCAAAAAGAAAAAGAAACUCAGAAAUGGCAGCUCUCAGAAUGGGAAGAAUGAGAGAAGUCAUAUGCCUGGCACGCGCUUCAGCAUGGAAGGGAUCUCAAAUGUCAUUCAGAAUGGCCUCCGCCACACCUUCGGAAAUUCAGGUGGAGAGAAACAGUAUUUGACAACAGUCAUUCCUUAUGAGAAAAAAAACGGACCACCAUCUGUUGAAGAUCUUCAAAUAUUAACAAAAAUUCUUCGUGCCAUGAAAGAGGACAGUGAAAAAGUUCCGAGCUUAUUAACUGAUUAUAUACUGAAAGUUCUGUGUCCUACAUAGACAGAGCAGCAUUACUCAGGAGCAGCGUUGUCUUCUGUGGACUGCAAACUGAUUUCCGACAGCAUUAUUCUGAAAGCCGGCAACCAUCACCUUCUUGCUAUUGGGAACUCAGCACACUUGAACUUGGGUUUGCGAUUCAGUAUUAAUAGAUCAUGACUUCACUAAUUCUUUAUACGAUAGAACCGGGAGAAAUAUGGGCACGAUUUCAAAUUCUAGAGAUGGUUUUUGUUUUUUCAACCUGCCACUAAUGACGAACUGUUCUAUUAACAGAGUAGGGGGAAUAAUAUUAAUUGUGCAUGUAUUGUAUUUUUCAUUAACUGACAAUAUGCCCAUUGGAGUUCUUAUGGCUGUCUACGUGUACACUGCACUGAGGAGCUAGAUGAAAGAAUGGGGAGAGUUAUACUGUAAAUUCAGUGACGGCAAGAACUAGUGCUGAUUUUUAUGAGAAUCGUCAGUAUAAACAUUACCUGCCAGUAUUGUCCACAGAGACUGAAACUUAACAAACUUGGGGUGUUCUUAAAGAAGCAAAACCAGAUUAUGCAUUACUUUGGCUUCAUACUCAGCAUGGAAAUGGUCCAAGAGGACUGAUUUUAUAGCUCGCUGCUUUUUUCUUAACCAUUGUUCAAGUUUUCAAUGUUAAGUUGCCAUUCACUUUCAGAACCUUUUAUUAUUUAACGUUACAUGUUUAAAUGUUCUGUGUCGUGUGUCUGGGAGGAAGGGUACUUUCAAAGGUGCCCAGGCCCCAUCACUGUUUCAUUUUCUUCAUGCAUGUGUAUGUCCCCAAAAUACUAAUUCUAGAAACAGCUACUCAUGGAUGUAUCACUGGUCGUGAGCACGUCUGCCAGUUCCAGUCUAGUCAGUGGCAUCCAAUAAAUUAAAACAAAAAAGCA